AUGGUCGGUGCCUCAGGGAUCGAUGCCUCUGAACUUCAGCCCAGCCCACGGUGUCUAUUUCGGCAGCAGCUGGAGCUGCAAUGGUUUGAAAAUAAGAAACUUGUGAAGCGCCAGGAGGGGGAACGACUUUUUGAGCUUUUCUUGGACCUUCUUUAUGUUGUCAUUCUUGCGAACUUUGCCGAAGCACUAGCCAAGGAAAUUUCAGGCGCAUACCUCAUUAAAUCUAGUAGGCUUGGUGUAUACUAUAAAAUCAUGGGGACUCGUGCUUACCCAUACCCUCGAGAUUCCAGCGUCCACAGUGUAUCGUCGGGCCACUGGGAGGCCAUCCAACAUGCAAAAGUCAAAAAGGUCAACUUGCCCUGUUUGCUGAAGAGGAGAAGGUCCUCGUUAAAUGGAUUUUCCAGCUCCAUCGCCUUGGAAUUCCUGUUCAACCAUCACGAGUCCGAGGAAUGGCCGAACGCAUCCAAAGAAGAACAGGGGUCGAUGCCUCCGCGAGGAAAGAAUUGGGUGACGAAAUUUACAGAUCGAGACGCAGAAAUCGAAAGUGUAAUGGGUGCAAGGCUAUAUAAAGAGCGAUGGAACAGUGCUACUCGAGAAUCUAUGGAAGGAUGGUUCAACCUGCUUAAAAAGGUGUAG